CGAGCCUCUCACAGGCGCAGACACACGCGGUCCGGCGACGCUGGCAGGCUGGGGACGAUGAGACAGGUCCGUCAUCGAGGACCGGGUUCCGUUUGCUGACCGGUGGACAGGUGUUUGGUUCCGGUUCGAGCGGUCCGGCGUAGCUGCGCUUUGAGCCCAGGCAGAGGUACAGGUCCGGUCCGAGUCUUGAGUCCGGAUGAAUGAUAAUUUGUCGUUCGGAACCACGUCUACCUUUCAAGCAUGUGAACCGAACCGGCUGUGGAUCUGAACCGGAUCCGGAACGUCAUGGAAGGGUCCAGAUUUCCCCGUAUCUGACCGGCGGUGGGACAACCUGUUGCCGGUUGUGUCGCCGGCAGCGCGGGACUCCGGGAUGUUUACAAAUAAACCACGAAACAAGGAAGGAAAACAAACGAAGUAAACAAACAAACAAACAAAAGACAUGUCCGCCCGCUGCCGGCUCCGUCAUCUCGGGACCAUGUCCCCGUGCCGUGCCACGGUGCCGUUUUUAAUCCUGAUCUCUGUUCAGUUUUGUUCCGUCGAGUCCAAAGCGCUCCGUGUACCGGACGGUUCCGGAGCGGACCGGGACUCCGCCGCACUGAUACCGGAGGAAGGAGAACGGGGGGAGUCAAACGGGACGGCAGCAGAGAUGUCUUCGAACCUGCAGCCGCCAACAGAGAGACAGCGGCCCCUGCCUCUGCAGAGGACCCGGCCCUUUGUCUUGGUGGGCAGUCACAGGAGAAGCCUGACCGAAGCCUUACAGGAUGGUCACCCAGACAGACUGAAGUGUGGUCUCCAGAUCAGAGGACGGGUCUUCAUUCUAGACUUGGAGAAAAACCAUGGUCUGCUUCCUAAACCCCCCAAUGUGUUUUACUACCUGUCAAAUGGCACUGGUGUUUCUGUGGACGUUGAUCCAGUGACUCAGUGUUACUACCACGGUACCGUCCGAGGCUUCCCUCGCUCCAGGGUGGCUGUCAGUACAUGCGCUGGUCUCAGGGGCGUGGUGGCAAUCAACUCCACCCUGAGCUUCGAGCUCCUGCCAGAGGAGGACCAACAGGGUGAGGAGGGUAGAGGAGGGGAGGAGAGUGGGGGAGGAGAGGAGGAGGGGUUUCAUCUACUGUACCCCACCAGUCCACGAGAGGACCCCGCCGCCGGGGGCUGCGGGGUCUCCCACACUGCUAUUCCUCCUAUCUACAUGACGCCACACACUCACAGGCAUAAAAGAGACAUCCUCUCUGAGACCAAGUACAUUGAGCUGGUGUUGGUCGUUGAUCACAAAGAGUACUUGAAUUAUCAACGGAGUAACAAGACCAUCAUCUAUCGCAUGCUGGAUGUUGCCAACCAGGUGGAUUGGUUCUACCGGCCCCUGAAUGUGCGUGUGGCACUGACCGGUCUGGAGAUCUGGAGUGACCGGGACAAGAUCCCGGUGGUGCGAAACCCCACUGACACCCUGAACCACUUCCUGGAGUGGAGGAGCAGGGAGCUGCUGCCCCGGCUCCGCCAUGACAACGCCCAGCUGGUGAUGGGCGAGUCUUUUGAUGGGACCACGGUAGGAAUGGCCUCCCAGUCAUCUAUGUGCUCCAAAGACCGAUCAGGAGGCGUCAACGUGGAUCAUCUGGUCAGUGUUCUGGGCGUCGCCUCCACUGUAGCUCAUGAGUUGGGUCAUAAUCUGGGAAUGACUCACGAUACGGCCGACCGUCACUGUGAGUGUCAGAAUGAACCGCGACUGGGUGGCUGCAUCAUGGAGCCCUCCACUGGGUUCAUGCCCGGCCAGCAGUUCAGCAGCUGCAGUGUGAGAGACCUUUCGCUCAGCCUGCUGCAUGGCGGCGGCAUGUGUCUGUUCAACGUCCCCCUACCCGAAAAACUACUGGGAGGACCGCGCUGUGGAAACCUGUAUGUAGAGAGAGGAGAGGAGUGUGACUGUGGCCUUCUGGAGGAGUGUGAAGAUCCGUGUUGUAACGCCUCCACCUGUCGACUGGUCCCAGGAGCCCAGUGCUCCUCUGAUGGCAUCUGUUGUGACAACUGUAAGCUUCGCUCGGCGGGCUCGGUGUGUCGGGAGCCGCUGGGGUCCUGUGACCUCCCGGAGCAUUGCACUGGCACCUCCCCUUACUGUCCCCCCAACGUCUUCCUGCAGAACGGAGAGCCCUGCCAGGACGGCUCCUCCUACUGCUACAGCGGAGUCUGUGCCAGCCUCAACACCCAGUGUCAGAUGCUGUGGGGAUCCAAUGCCAGUCAAGCACCUGCUGUCUGUUUCUCUUCAGUGAACAAACAGGGAAAUAAAUAUGGCAACUGUGGCCAGAUGAGCAACGGCUCCUACAUACCCUGUGACCCUCUGGACGUACACUGUGGUAGGAUUCAGUGUCAGGGUGGGAAUUCCCGUCCAUUACUCGGCACCAACGCUGAGAUUCUGACAACCAAAGUCCGUUUUAACCACAGUGACCUGGUGUGCCGCGGGACUUUCUUCCACCUGGGGGACGACGUGUCGGACCCGGCCAUGGUGGCCCCUGGCACUGCCUGCGGCCCUGGCAAGGCCUGUUUGGAGCAGAAGUGUCAGGAUGUGUCGGUCUUCGGGGUGGACGAGUGUCGCAGAAAGUGUAACGGUCACGGGGUGUGUAACAGCAACAGGAACUGUCACUGUGAGGUCGGCUGGGCUCCUCCAGACUGUCGCUAUGCCGGACAUGGAGGCAGUGUGGACAGUGGUCCUGCACGAGCUUCCCAAGAGUCCGACCCAGUGCGUGUUGCCCUCCUGGUCAUCUUCCUCUUCGUCCUGCCAGUCGUGCUUCUCUUCCUCGCUCUGCGUUUUCCUCGCUGUAGGCGGAGUCUCCUCUGUCUGGGAGUAGGCAGCCCCUCCCACAAGACAGGAAGACAACACAACAGAACGCCGGCCACCGAGCGAGUCGAUGGGCGGAAUGGAGAGCAGGUCCGACCGCUAAGGUACCACUGGAACCAGCAAAAUGACAUCCCGCUGACCCUGCACACCAACAAGGUUCCUGCUCCACCCAAACCUUCGGCACCCCUUAAACCUCCACCACUGGACCCCCCCUCCCACCUCCUUCAUCCAGGCUACGCCACCAGCCCACCCCCUUCACAUGCUGUCAGCAGCUCUGCAGGCAAUCCCAGACGACCCCCACGUCCAACAAAACGAGUCCCUCCCCCUCUUGUUAACCUUUGACCUCUGGACCAAACCCGGAUCACUGGGGUAGAACUGCACUGAAUCCAACCGUGAUGGGAGAGACUUUUAGAAAACACUUCAGCUUCUUGUCAUGAUGUGAUGAUCAGCUGGGAGGGAAUCUGGUUUCUGAUUGGUUGGCGUUCUAUCCUGGGCAGGUCAACUAGCUGCUGUACUGCGAAACAAGGAAAAGUGGGAUUUAAGACUAAAUGUUGAUGAUUCUUAAACACACACACACACACACACGGAUGAUAACAGUCACCUUCACAUGUGGAUGGAGAGACUGGAUGCAUGGCAGUGCCUCUGGAGCAGUUUGACAUUUGGUGCCUUGCUUAACAGCGCGUCUGCACUGACAGCCGACACCGCAGCUGCAACAUCAGCAGCCAGCAAUCAGCCAGGUGUCGUCUUGCCUUCGCUGGAUGGAAGGCACCGGACUGAUGAAAUCAUCAUAAAUGAUAAAUGGACUGCAUUUAUAUAGCGCUUUUGUAGUCUACCGACCACUAAAAGCCCUUGAUAAUGUACGCCCCACAUUCACCCAUCCACACACACAGUCAUACACUGAUGGAGGAUGCCAUGCAAGGCGCCAACUUGCUCCUCAGGAGCAGUUAGGGGUCCAGUGUUUUGCUCAAGGAUACAUCGACACGCUCUCUGGAGGAGCCGAGGAUCGAACCAGGAACCUUCCGAUUACUAGUCGACCCGCCCUACCUCCUGAGCCAUGCCGCCCCAAAUCAUGCCUUGCCAUGUGUACGUGCACACAAAGCGGCUCCAUUUACAUGAUGUGUCAGCUGGACACGGUGGCCGUGUCGUGGCUGUUGAAGACGUGUGUAUGACGACUGUCGCCUGCAUCGCCACAGGAAACAGGUGACGUCAGCUGCUGCCCUUCCCACGCGUAACUGGUCUCUGACACGUGACACUGGAUGGUGAGAGGACACCGAACGUCACUUUUUAAGAGUAAAGCACUUCAUUCGUCAUCCCCAACCCAGGAGGACAAGGGGAGACAGCAGGUCAGAGAGACAGACAGCAGGUCAAAAACACAGACAGCAGAUGGAAAAGGGAGACAGCUGGUCAGAGAGACAGACAGCAGGGUCAAAAAGACAGCAGAUCAGAGAGACAGGCAGUGGGUCAGACAGACAAAAGGUUAGACAGGCAGACAGACAGUAGGUCAGAGAGACAGACAGCAAGUCAGAUAGCGACAAAAGGUCAGACAGACAGCAGUUUAGACAGACACCAGGUCUAAACUAGAGGAGGGUUUAUUCUGGAGGUUCUGGUUGUUUCUGGUCAGAUGAGUUUGACUGUAAGUUUAGAAAAGACCGCAUCAUGAUUUCAACACUGCUUUGUGAGAUUGGAGGGAAUUGGAGACUGGGGGUUCAGUUCUUUCUGUCUGGUUGUUUGUAGGAAUUACAGCAUUCCAGUAUCCUACACCACACACACUUGUCUAUACUCUAACCUGGGUGGGUCUGAGGUUAGGGGUUCAGUGUCUCCGUCAAGGAUGUGGACUGAAUCGGAGUCAACCUCUUGACCUUUAACCUUCACUUACCACCCGGUCGGUCAUGCUGCUCUCCAACACAAAGGCUCAGAUAUUCAGAGUGAAACUGAUUAGCCGAAUAGAGAGCAGUCCCACAUCCUGUGUGCGGUUGUCAUGACGACUGCCAGGGUCUGUGGGGGCUGGAGUCCAUCCCAGCAUGCACUGGGCUGAACACACACACACCUAUGAACCAUGUAUUCUCCUUGUGUUCAGACUGUGGGAGGAAGCCCAUGUGAACAAGCGGAGAACAUGCUAACUCCACAGGCUCUAGGAUUCAGACCCUCUUACGUUCACGGUGUUAACCAUGAAGCCCCCAGACUGCCCUCAGUCACUGACUGCAUGACCGGAAAACCCAGUUCUGCCACUCUGGUGUAGAAGUACGGCUUCACGGCCACCUACUGUGUUAGGCUCUAUUAAUGUGAUGUUGAUGGAUUUAGACAGAAUGGACAUUUCAGUGUCUCCCAGCAUCAACAUCUACAAUGUCAUGACAUCAACAGUACAGUGAUGUCAGCAGUAUAACUUCUACAGUACUAUGACAUGUAUGGUACAGUAAGCAGUUUUAUGACAUCUACAGUACUAAAACGUCUAUAGUACUGUGACACCUCAGGUACUAUAACAUCUAUAGUACUAUGACAUGUACAGUACUAGAACAUCAGUGGAGUUUAGAUACAGCAAAGUUAAUAUCACAAAAAUGAAGUCAAACUACAGAAACUAGUCCAGCCUGGAAACUGAUGAAGUCAUUUGUUUGUAAAGGUUAUUAAUUUAUCAUCAAGCCUAAAUUAUGAAUACUUUGGCUAGAGUCGACCGCUGCAAUGUAACCAAAGGCAAUAGCAGACCUGAGUCAGAUAGUAUUUGCACAUACUAUUUGGUCCAAGCCUGUAACAUUUAUGUUGGUGCUAUUGUUAUUUUUAUCAUUAUUAUCAUGAUUAUUAUUAUUAUUAUCAUUAGUUUAAACACAAUAUACCCACUGAGGGGUUUGUUAGAUUUUCUUUUCUCCUUUGAUUCCCUGUUUGAGUCUGAAGAGGAGUUAAACCAAAACCUGUGACCGUGGAAAAAUUGUGAAUACAUGGUUUGGUUUUCCUGGGCGCACAGGAAGUGCUACAUUGUUGUCACAAAAUGGUGUUGUCAAACUCAUAUGUGAACUCAUAUAUGAACUCAUAUAUCAAACUAAAGUGAACCGGAAGACAGGAGGAUUCACGGAUGGCCGCUAUCACACUUUCUUGGACUCUUCCCAGUAUAUUGCGUAGCAUGGUCACACUUUUCUAUGGUUGCAGAUUUUGGUAUAACACCGGAAGCGUUUGAUCAGGAGAGAAGAGCUGAAGCCUGCUGUUGGAUGCUGAGAGCUUCAGUAAAACACAACCCAGAUAGCAUCCGGAUGUGGGCCACUUCAGGCAAUGAUGCGGCACUGAUGGCACUGACAAAAUGGAUGUGAGCCUGAAGUGGCCCACAUGUAUAAUAGCAAAUAUGGCCCAAAUAUGCCAAAUCAAACGUGGGCCUUUUUUGGUAAAGAUGCGGUGCUCUCGGCAACAUGUAAUCUGGAUGUGACUCUGAAGUGGCCCGUGUGGUAAAUGGUGAAUAUGGCCCAAAUAUCACAAAACAAAUAUGGGCCACCUUUGGCAAAUAUGCGGCACAUGCGGCAUUGCUAUGGCUUGGUUCUGGCCCAGAUCUGGCAAACGGGAGCGGACCGCCCAAGUGCCAUCAUUCCAUGCAGUGUGUGGGCCGGAUGAAGUGUCGGGUGUGGGACGGGUCCGGGCCACAGCAAUUUUGCUAUCUGGGAACAGAUCACCCAGAACCUUCCAUCCGGUCCAGAGUGGUUCUGUUCUAUAAAACCACAGGUCUGUUAGACAAGUCUUCCUCGGAAAAAAAGACUUUAUUCUAUGCAGUACUUCAGACGCAAUGCGAGAAUAUCAAAUCAGCGUGAUUGUUUGGUGAUGAUACUGCCUGUUAUUUGCUGCUUGAGAGAAGCCUCAAACUGUUUUAUUGACGAACGUGUCUCCUCAUGAACUGUGCACAUAAAUACCCUUAAUAACUACUGUACAUACCAAGUGCUGUUAUACUCACCUCCUGUCUUUCGUCCUCUUUUGUUCCACUGUGUAAAGUGCUCACACGUUUUUCAUAUGGACCAGAAUCCAAACCAGUGGAUCCCGUUUGGUGAAUGGACAGAGUCAGAGCCGUCAAUAAAACAACACCACAAUACCGA